CUCGGGUAUAGGUGCCACAGCUCCUGCGAGAGCGGCGGAGAAGGUGGCUUUGGAAGCCGUGGUUUCGCGCGCUUUUGCGGAAAGUGAAUUAUAGCUGGAACGAUGAGCGGACGGGCUCGAGUUAAAGCUCGAGGGCUUUGUAGGGAAGAAGGAGCAUAUCAAGAGCCUGGUUUCCCCAGAGAGGUUUCCUCAAGGAAUGAUGAUGCCCUUGCUGCACAGAGUGCAAAAGAAGAUGCUAAUAGCCAUGCAGGAGCUGGGACGAGUGCGCCAACAUAUGGCUUUUCAGUUGGACGUUCAGCCUAUAAAGUAAUGGACAGAGGAGGAAGGAUCCGUUGUAACUUUGCAGAUAUGGGAGUAAAUACCAGGGAGACAAUGAUGCAUGUUAAAGACUCUAAGACUGGCUCUAGUGGCAUUCCUGUAAAAGUGGUCACCAAUCUGUUCAAUUUGGGUCUGCCAAAAAUGUGGCAGCUUUACCAGUACCAUGUCAUGUUUGUCCCAGAGCUGGCAUCAAGACGAAUGCGGACUGCACUUUUGUUUAGUUGUCCUGAAAUGAUGGGAAAAGCCAAAGUGUUUGAUGGAGCAAUACUGUUUCUUGCGUGCAAACUGGAAAACCAGGUCACAGAACUGUCUUGUGAAACACGAAGAGGUGAGACCGUGAAGAUUACCAUUACAUUCACCGGCCAGCUGCUUCCGAGCAAUCCUGUUUGCAUCCAGUUUUUAAACCUUACUCUUAAGAAGGUUUUGAAAAAGUUAUCAAUGUAUCAGGUUGGACGAAACUUCUACAGUCCUUCAGAUCCAGUGGAAAUCCCCCAACACAAACUAACCCUUUGGCCAGGCUUUGCUGUGUCUGUUGGACAGUUUGAGAAUAAGGUGAUGCUCUGCGCGGAUGUGAGUCACAAAGUGCUUCGAAACGAGAGUGUUUUGCAAUUCAUGACAACCCUGUAUGAGAAUGUGGGCAGAGAACGUUUUACAGAAGUGUGUGAAAAGGAGCUGGUGGGGCUUAUUGUUCUGACAAGAUACAACAACAAGACAUACCGCGUCGAUGAUAUUGAGUGGUCUAUAAAGCCAGCAGAUACAUUCCAAAAGCGAGACGGCACUCAGAUCUCUUAUGAAGAUUACUACAAACAGCAGUAUGAAGUAGUCCUUAGUGACUUAAAUCAGCCAAUGCUUGUUAGCCAGUUGAAAAUGAAGGGACGUAGUGCUGUUGAACCUCGCGUGGUACAUCUGGUUCCUGAACUCUGUUACAUGACAGGUUUGAGCAGUCGUGCAACUUCUGACUUUCGUUUGAUGAAGGAUCUGGCCCAGGAGACUCACUUGUCACCAGAGAAGAGACACCAGCGUCUAACGAGACUUGCGGACAACCUUCAAAGAAACAAAGAUGCUCGUUUAGAGCUGGAAAACUGGGGAUUGCAACUUGGCUGCCAAGCUACACUGACAGGCCGUGUGGUUGCUUCAGAAAAAAUCUUCAUGCAGAAUGAUAUGUGUAAGCCAAUGAAUGCUGGUGACUGGCUCAAAGAUAUGCGGAAUAUGAAGAUGAUUGGUGGACCAGCAUUGGAGAAGUGGAUCGUGGUGUCCAGCAACAGGAACUUUGAUGCAGGUCACAACCUUGUGAGCUGCAUGAGAAGAGUAGGAGAUGCUAUGGGCUUUCACGUUGAAUACCCAAGAUUUGUACAAGUACAAGAUAGCUCCAUGGCAUUUGUUCAAGUAUUGAAACAGCAUGUGAAUCCCGAGCUACAGCUGGUACUGUGUAUACUGUCGUCCAAUCAGAAAGACACUUACGAUGCUGUGAAGAAGUUUUUGAUUCUUGAGCGCCCUGUUCCAAGCCAGUGUGUACUUGCUCGCACCCUGAGCAAGCAAGGGAUGAUGAUGAGUGUGGCUACAAAAAUUGCUAUGCAGGUUUCCUGUAAGAUUGGAGGAGAGUUGUGGGCAGUUGAGAUACCACUGAAAUCGCUCAUGGUAGUUGGUAUUGACAUCAGCAAAGAUGCCAUCUCCAAAGAAACCUCAGUUGUUGGAUUCGUAGCCAGCACAAAUGCCUCAAUAACUAAGUGGUAUUCUCACUGUCUUCUGCAAGAUACACGAACAAGCACUGUGGAUUGUUUAAAAGUCUGCAUGCAGGGUGCUCUGAGCCAGUGGCAGAAGUAUAACGGGCAGCUGCCUGACCGUGUCAUUGUGUACCGUGAUGGUGUUGGAGAUGGACAGCUGAAGAUGGUGGUAGAUUAUGAAGUCCCACAGUUACUAAGCAGCCUUAAUGAAUGCACUGGUGGUUUCAGAAGACCCAAACUGUCCGUGGUAGUGGUCAGGAAGAAAACCCUUUGUCGCUUUUUCACCGAGGCAUAUGGGGGCCUGCAAAAUCCCCCUGUUGGGACAGUUAUCGACUCAGAGGCCACUCGACCUGAAUGGUACGACUUUUUCUUGAUCAGCCAAAUUGCACGCCAGGGUACUGUCAACCCUACACAUUAUAAUGUGGUCUAUGAUGACAAUGGUUUAAAGCCAGACCAUAUGCAGCGCCUUACGUAUAAGCUGUGCCACCUGUACUACAAUUGGACUGGCUUAAUCAGAGUCCCAGCUGUGUGCCAGUACGCAAACAAACUGACCUUCUUAGUUGCCCAGAGCAUCCACCGAGAGCCAAACCUGGAACUUUCUGACAAACUUUUCUAUUUGUAAAAAGUGGUUGUGGGGGUGUUGUUUGUUUUUGUUUGUUUUAUGGAAAAAAGAGUUGGUUGUUUUUAUGUAGUGUUAGCAUAUAAGUAACAAAACACUAAAAUGGUAAUGAAAAAGAGAAGGGGAAUAAAGAACAUGUUGAAUAUUAAGCAAGUUUUUUUCAUUUUAUUAAUCAUUUACAAGCACGUCUGCAUUUUUCUGCUUUCUUUGAAAAAGCAUAUUCUGUCAUUUA